UGCUAGGGACAACAGGUCAGGUAUAUGACGAGCUUCCCUGAAAAAACAUUCACGACCGGGCAAAACUUCGCCGCCACCUUGCCAACCAACCUAUACCACUCACCCACUCUUGUCUCCUUUCUAUAUCGUGGCUCGACCAUGCUACUUCCACCAUCGAUCGAUCGAAAAUGAGUCAAGAUUACUUUUCGAAGAAGGGAAAGGCCCCUAUGGACCAGGAGGUCGAGAAGGACGAGUCCGACGCGCCCUAUCAGCCGGUGCCGUCAUCGAGCAGACCACCGCAGUUCAUGACCGUGGGAUCCGGCUCCACCUCAGCACAUGCAGCGCAUCUCCAGUCUCUGCUGGAAAACGACUCGGGCUAUGGUGGCAGCAUCGCGGAUGGCGAUGCGAUGACCUCCUCCGGCGACCGUCACAUCCCGACCCCCGUCAAUGGGCAGCUCUCUGAGGUUGACCGUCGCAGUCAGGCCGGCGCUAUCCACCAGCUGUGGUACAAUGCACACAGGGUAACGCUGGGUCGCUCGAUCAACAAGGUUAUCGAGCUGUUGAAGGAGCUGCAGGACAUGAACGUCUCUUGGCCUGCGCAUUACCCUUCCGUCCAGCGAACCGAGUCAUCGCGCCCCGCCCCUUCACACGCAUACUCGACAACCGGCGAAGCACCCGCCUCUGCUUCCUCUGUUCCCUCUUCCCCGACUGCCCCGCCGGCGAUACGACGAUCCUUUACAUCGGUCGAGGCUCGCAACGACGCCGAGUCGAGCAAGGCCCAGGAGCGGCGUGCCCCCGAAGAGCCCCGGCUUGUUACCCCUCAGAUCGCUCAGGACUUCUCGGUUCUCAAGCUGGAUCUCAAGCUGGGCUCGCUCCAUCAAGCAGAGCUCGUCCACUCCCUUGAAAAGGGCUCCAUCGCCUCGCUCCUGGAUGGCAAAAUCAGCUCUAGUAUUCGACACUUGCUCAACCUCCGCGAACGAAUCGAAGAUACCUCCAGCAAGGUGCUCGUUACUGGUGACCUCAACGCCGGCAAGUCCACUUUUUGCAACGCUCUGCUGCGCAGAAAGGUUCUGCCCGAAGACCAACAGCCCUGCACGGCAAUCUUCUGUGAGGUCCUGGACGCCAGGGAGAACGGAGGACUGGAGGAGGUGCAUGCCGUGCACAGGGACGCCGCGUACGACAGACAUGACGAGAGCACCUACGACGUCUACAAGCUGGCACAGCUAGAGGACCUUGUUGUCGAUAACGAGAAGUACACCCAGUGCAAGGUGUACGUCAAGGACGUCCGGACCAUUGACGAAUCGCUACUCAACAACGGUGUUGUCGAUAUCGCUUUGAUCGAUGCGCCUGGCCUGAACUCGGAUACGACGAAGACAACGGCGGUGUUUGCGCGCCAGGAGGAGAUUGAUGUGGUUGUCUUUGUGGUUUCGGCUGCAAACCACUUCACCAUGACUGCCAAGGAGUUCAUCUGGGCUGCUGCGGCCGAGAAGGCAUACCUCUUCAUCGUGGUGAACGGCUUCGACAACAUCAGAGACAAGAAGAGAUGCGAGAAGAUGAUUCUCGACCAAGUUCAUGGUCUCAGCCCGAGAACACAUAAAGAAUCCUCGGAGCUGGUGCACUUCGUUUCAAGCAACGCUGUUCCUACAGCCCCUGCGCCACCAGGUGGCCCGUCAGGCGGCGGUGGCGACGACGACCCCAGCGAUGACCCCAAGGGUAAGGGCAAGGAUAUUGAGAAGAUCCGGGACUUUGAGAACCUCGAACAGUCACUGCGCAGGUUUGUCCUGGAGAAGCGCGCCAGAUCCAAGCUGGCACCUGCGAAGACAUACCUGCUCAACAUCCUCAACGACGUUCACGUCCUGGCCAACGUCAACUCAGAGGUCGCCAACUCGGAGCUCGACCGUGUCACCAAGGAGCUUAAGGAGAUCGAGCCUCAGCUCGAGUCGAGCAGAAAGGCCACGGCGCAGGUUGGCGACGAAAUUGACAAGAUCACCGAGGAGACGUGCAAGGAGGUCUACGAUCACACGCGGAUGACACUCAGUGUGGCCAUUGACCACGCUGGUGACAACAACCACGGUGUUCCCUACCGUGGCAUCUUCAAUGCGUUUGAGUAUGCCGAGGAGCUGAAGGAGGCCAUGAUGUCCUACAUUCACGAGUCGGUUGUCGCCUGCGAGGAACACGCAAAGUCCAAGACGGUUGGUGGCGUCAACGCCAUCAAGCAGCUCGGCAUUUUGCACCUCGGUGACGACUAUCAGAACUUGGUAUUCCGACCCGACGUCAUGUUCAAGAGAAAGCGGGACUCGAUGGCGCGCAAUGUAGACGUUCCCACCGAGGUUUGGGACUUUGUUGACUGGAACACCAUUGUUCAAAAGCAAGAGAAGGUCGCAGGUACGGGCAUGGCCCUCACUCUUGCUGGAGCCCUUGUUCCGCGCAUGAUGGGCAGCAGCGGCUGGUUGGACCAUGCGUUGAGCGCAGCGAAGAUCAUGGGCAACGACAACUUGCGUCGCCUCAUCGUGCCCGGUAUCAUCGCAGCCGCCUUCGCAGCCGCCGCCUACGUUGUCAACCAGAUUCCCAACUCGCUUCCUCACCGCCUGUCAACCAAGAUUGCGGUCCAGCUAGAGUCUAUCGACUACGUGCAUGCCAACGCGACGCGCAUUUCCGGGUCGGUCCGGAAGGUUCUCCGCUACCCUGCUGAUAACCUCCGCGUGGGCCUGGAGCAGUCGGUCAAGGACCUCGGCAAGCGACGCGAGGAGACGCUCAAGGUGCGCCAGGAGAGCGAGGUCGCGCUCAAGUACUUUGGCAACCUCGUCCGCAACAGCGCGCAGCAGAGGACGGUCGUUGAGGGCGUCGACCUGGAUGCACCGCCGCCAGGCGCCGUCGCCGCCGGGCUUCACUGAGAUACCCUCCCCUCCUGGUCUCAUCGCAUCCCUUGUUUUUUUGUGGCAGGACACCCUUACGAUAGCAUGGAAAACGGCGUUCAUAAUUGGCGGUGAUCAGGGCUCCCCUCAACCAACCUUUACUGUCUUUGUACGCACCUAUACCUGAGUUUAUUCCCCCCCUUUUUUGGUUUCGCGGACGUUCGAAAACGAUUUGUCGAGUAAGAAGACACACGACGAUAGGCAUACACGUAGAGGCCAAAAAAUCAACUUAAUUCACCGUGUUGCAUUCUGUUACACAACUGUCUGACUGUAGUCACUUGCGGCCACGAAAUGAAACACCCCAGAGGCCCGGUUCGUCAGUAUGGAGGUCAACAUAGUUCAAAGCCGCAGAUGACUGAAAUAUGAUGGGAUGGCAGGCUCAUCUCAUUCCAGCGCUGGGCCCGGGCCCGAGCACUCAAAUGCAGCUCCCCCGCCCGAUACGGUUGGUAUGGCUGCAGUGCUGCCAACGACAAGAAGAGAAGGCUGCAGCAGAGAUUGGUAGUAACCCUUCAUAAUCUCUCUCGUCCCCCCCCUUCCCCCAAGUCGAACUCUGCCGAGGUCCGUCCAGUCCGGACUACGAACCGGAGCCAGCUAGCGCCGGGCGCCGGUGGAGGUCUCGAACCUCCCGGACCCCACUCUUCCUCUCUCAAGAUCGUCAUCUCUCCUUUUUCUUUAUUUUAUAGUAUUCCAUUUCUUUUUGAAUUCUAUUAAAGACUGGGCAAUUUGGCCAGGGGGGGU